UUUGCUUUUUUCCUAUUCACAAUGCCUCUCCGCCUCGACAUCAAGCGAAAGCUCUCGGCGCGCUCUGAUCGUGUCAAGAGCGUCGACUUGCAUCCGGUUGAGCCGUGGGUGGUCUGCUCGUUGUACAAUGGAUCCAUCCACAUCUGGAACUUCGAGACGCAGGUCACGGUCAAGACCUUUGAGGUGACUGAGUUGCCCAUCCGCGCCGUUCGUUUCAUUCCUCGCAAGAACUGGAUUGUUGCCGGCGCCGAUGAUAUGGCUGUUCGUGUCUUCAACUACAACACGAGCGAGAAGGUGCAUUCGUUCGAGGCGCAUUCGGACUACAUUCGCUCGCUGGCCGUGCACCCCACUCUUCCCUACUUGCUCACAUCGUCCGACGACAUGACCAUCAAGCUCUGGGACUGGGAUCGCAACUGGACGUGCGUGCAGGUCUUUGAAGGCCAUUCCCACUAUGUCAUGAUGGUCACGUUCAACCCAAAGGACACCAACACAUUCGCCUCCGCCUCUUUGGACAAGACCAUCAAGGUCUGGCAGCUCGGCUCGUCCGUGCCCAACUUUACGCUCGAGGGCCACGAACGAGGCGUGAACGCUGUGAGCUACUUUGAGGGAGGCGAGAAGCCCUACCUCGUUUCUGGCGCAGACGACCACCUCGUCAAGGUCUGGGACUACCAGAACAAGUCUUGCGUCCAAACCCUCGACGGCCACUCGCAGAACGUGUCUGUUGUGUGCUUCCACCCCGAGCUUCCCAUCAUUCUUUCGGGCUCAGAGGACGGAACGAUUCGUGUCUGGCACGCCAACACGUACCGCCUGGAGAGCACGCUCAACUACGGCCUGGAGCGCGUGUGGGCCAUUGCUCACCUCCGCGGAUCCAACGCCAUCGCGCUGGGCUACGACGAGGGCACAAUCGUCAUCAAGCUCGGCCGAGAGGAGCCUGCCAUGUCCAUGGACUCGUCCGGCAAGAUUAUCUGGGCGCGCCAUUCAGAGAUUCAGCAAGCCAACAUCAAGGCCAUUGCUGACGGCGCUGCUGAGGUCGAGGACGGCGAGCGCAUUCCCAUCAGCACCAAGGAGCUCGGCAGCUGUGAGGUCUAUCCUCAAACGCUCUCGCACAACCCGAACGGCCGCUUUGUUGUGGUCUGCGGCGAUGGCGAGUACACGAUCUACACUGCGCUUGCUUGGCGCAACAAGGCCUUUGGCAGCGCUCUCGAGUUUGUGUGGUCGGCCGAUUCCAGCGAGUACGCCACCCGCGAGAGCCACUCGACCAUCAAAAUCUUCCGCAACUUUAAGGAGCGCAAGGUGAUCAAGCCCGACUUUAGCGCCGAAGGCAUCUUUGGCGGCGCGCUUCUCGGCAUUCGCGCAUCCAACUUUAUCGCCUUCUACGACUGGGAGACGACCGACCUGGUUCGUCGCAUCGACCUCGUGCCCAAGUCUGUGAUUUGGUCUGACAGCGGUUCGCUCGUAGCCCUCACCACCGACGAUGCUUUUUACAUUUUGCGCUUCAACCGCGAUGCUGUUCAGCAACACCAAGACAGCAAGCAGCCCAUCCCCGACGAAGGCAUUGAAACCUCCUUUGACUCUGUUGGCGAUCAUUCUGACGUUGUUCGCACCGGCGUCUGGGUCGGCGACUGCUUCCUCUACACUAGCGCCAAGAACCGUGUCAACUAUUUUAUCGGAGGCGAGCUCGUCACUCUGGCCCACCUUGACUCGCCGCUCUAUUUGCUCGGCUACAUCGCCGAGCACAACCGUGUCUACCUCUGCGACAAGGACUUGAACGUUGUUAGCUUCUACCUUUCGGUGUCUGUGCUCGAGUACGAAACUGCCGUCAUGCGCCAAGAUUUCGCCGCCGCCGAAGCCAUUCUGCCGCGCAUUCCUCCAAAGCAACGCAACCGCGUCGCCCACUUUUUGGAGAAGCAGGGCUUCAAGGAGCAGGCACUAGCAGUCAGUGACGAUCUUGAGCACAAGUUUGAUCUCGCUGUCCAGCUCAAGAAGCUUAACGUGGCUUACGAGAUGGCCAAGCACGCCGAGUCUGAGCUCAAGUGGCGACAGCUGGGUGAGCUCGCUUUCAGUGCUUGGGACUUGCGCCUGGCCGAAGAGUGUCUCUUCCAAGCAAAAGAUCUUGGUGGCUUGCUGCUGCUGUUCAGCUGCAUUGGUAAUGGAAACUCAAUCCACAAGCUGGGCCAGCUUGCGAUCGAUGUCGGUCAGAACAACAUUGCCUUUGUCUGCUACUUUUUGACAGGCGAUCUCGAGCACUGCUUGGACUUGCUCUGCUCGACUGGUCGCUUGCCCGAAGCAGCCUUCUUUGCCCGUACAUACCUGCCCAGCAAAGUUUCGAGCGUCGUGCGACUAUGGCGCGAGAAUCUCGCCACCACCAACAAGAAGGCCGCCGAGUCGCUUGCCGAUCCGAUGGAGUACGAGAAUCUCUUCCCCGAUCUCAGCUUUGCGCUCACUGCCGAGCGACUGAUGAAGGCAACGCGUUUGCGACCCGUCCCCGCUGGCCAGUACGCCAACUUUAAGGACGAGCCCUCGCGCAACGUCAUUGAGGAAGUCAAGCAGCUUUCUCCGGAAGCCAUUGCUCGUCUCGAGCAGCAGCUCCUCGGUGGCUCUCCGCCGUCCCAACAAGCCCCGCAACCAUCCUCACAACAGCCGCCCGAGCAGCCACAGCCAGCACAAGCAGCUCCUGCUCCCGCUGUCCGACAGGAGUCCAUUCCUGAGCGUAUCUCAACUCCUCCGCUUCCAAUUGCUGAGCCAGCAUCCCCUGAACGUACACCGCUUGCCCACGCCGCACCCAGUGGCGGCCUUCAAGCGCCCGGCUCGCCGCUGCCUUCGGCAAAUAUCAGCUCGGCUCCCGCCUCUCCACAGCAGCCCCGCGCUCCCCCUGCAUCUGCGGCCUCGACCGCGCCCAACACCCCUGCAAAGAGCGCUCUCGCUGUUUCCUCUAGCGACGAUCUUGAUAUCGAUCUUGACGAAGAUGUGGGCGAGAUUGGAGACUUCAACGAUGACGAUGACUUGCUCGGCGACGAGUAAAGUUGUGGCACACAGCGUUCAUUGAAACAUCAAGUUUUCUUCUUGCUUAUUCUUUUUGUUUUGUUGCUGUUAUUGUCGAUGAGUUUGUAUUGUGUUGCUAUUCUGACUGUAAUUCUUUUUCUUUUUUUUUUGCUGUCAACGUACUUGUUAUUUGUUUGGGAUUACAUUUUCAGUCUCCAUCA